CACUUCAUCUCUCAUUUAGCAUUAGAACGAAGCCAUCCAGCUACGAUGUCGGAGGAAGUUACCGUGAAAGUCCUGAACGAAGCAGGAGAAGGCAGCCAUGCGCAGGACCUCGACUCCGUGGCUGUGUCCCAACGCCUGCAAAAGGCUAUGUUGAAGAUGACGGGGAAGUUUUUGGACGAAACGACAGGCAAGGUGAACUACGCGAGUCUUAGAUCAUCAGAAGAAUACAGAGCGUACUGUGCGAUGGCGGGACAGCUCCGUGCAGUCGACGUCGAGAAACUGGACGAGAAGGAAAAGCUGGCGUUCUUUAUCAACGUCUACAACGCCCUGACGGUGCACGCCCUCACGGAGAUCCUGGGCGAGAGGACCAUCGAGACCGCCCUCGACGUCCCCGCCUUCUGGAGCAGCCACGCCUACCGGGUCGGCCUCUUCGUCUGCUCUCUGGACGACAUCGAGCACGGGGUUCUUCGAGUGAACAAGGCCCACCCUAGCACCGGCCGACCCGUCAUGUCCCAGGACGACCCGAGACUCAAGUACCAGGUGUCGACACUUGAGCCUCGGAUACACUUCGCCCUCAACUGCGGCGCUAUGUCCUGCCCGAUGGUUCGCGUCUACAGCAGCAACAACUUGGAGGUGGCUCUCGAGGGCGCUACGAGGUCCUACUUGACUCAGGAGGUGAAGAUCGAGGACGACGUCGCGAGGCUGCCCGAGAUCCUCAGCUGGUAUCAAGAUGACUUCGCUCCCGACCAGAUGGGGAUGCUGAGAUGGAUCAGGACCUACCUCGAGGAGAAGGACCAGCUCGCCCUCGACGCCCUGAUAGCAACUGGAGGCUCAGCUGGUCCCAAGGUCGAGUUCUUCUAUAACUGGUCCUUGAACAAGCUGUAGCGAGGUCGGGUCGACCGGGUUUUCUGUUUUUGUUUUUGUUGUUUUUGGUUUGUGGGUUAGAUGUUUUUUUUUGAAGGGGGAA